GGCUCGGAGUGACCGACGGAGCCACAAGCUCCGGCCGCUCCCACACCCCGCUCUCCUCCAUGGGGCUCAGGGGAAUUUUCCAGCUGGUAAUUUCUGCUGCGUCAACACCCAGCUCAAGGGAGAGGAGAAGAGACAAGGGGGCAUUUUAACAGCAGCUCCACUUGCGAAUAGCCAAGCCUCAAUCCCGGCUCCAGCAUUCAAACCCUUUCCGCCCCCUAAAAACCAGCAUCCGUGCAAGUUGGACCAAGAGUUUGUCAGGAGUGUGGUUCAAAACUGCUUGGAAAAAAGGGAUGAGGACGUCUGAUGAACCCUUUGGAGCCUGUCAGCAGAGCCCCUUCUCCUCUCUUCAUUAAAACAUGCACUUGCCAGCUGUGAAACAUCGUGCCAUUUAUUUUUGCUAACAGGAAACGUUUUCAACUGUUGUUCUGUCCUUCUCCUACCAGAGGUGCCUGCAGUGCUGUCGGGAGGUCACACAGUGGUGCACUACCUGUGCUGCCCUAGGGCUGUUGAUGUCCUCAGCUGUUGUAGGAGAAACCCCAGACCUGGAACCCAGUUUGUUACUGGACUUGUGGAAGAGGAAACACAAAGAUUUCCAGAUGAAUAACCGCAAGGAAGAUAUGGAGAUCGCGUCCCACUACCGUCACCUGCUGCGGGAGCUGAACGAGCAGAGGCAGCACGGCAUCCUCUGCGACGUCUGCAUCAUAGUGGAGGGGAAGAUAUUUAAGGCUCACAAAAACGUUCUGCUCGGGAGUAGUCGCUACUUCAAAACGCUCUACUGCCAGGUACAGAAAACCUCCGACCAGGCCACUGUCACCCACCUGGACAUCGUGACUGCACAAGGCUUUAAAGCCAUCAUUGACUUCAUGUACUCGGCGCACCUCGCGCUGACCAGCCGGAACGUCAUUGAGGUGAUGUCAGCUGCGAGCUACCUGCAGAUGACAGACAUUGUCCAGGCCUGUCACAACUUCAUCAAAGCAGCUCUCGACAUAAGCAUAAAGUCUGAUGCUUCGGAUGAUCUCGUUGAUUAUGAACUUGGAGCCCCCUCCAGCAGCAGCACGGAUGCUCUGAUUUCGGCAGUGGUGGCCGGCAGGAGUAUAUCUCCCUGGUUAGCUCGGCGCACGAGCCCUGCAAACUCUUCUGGAGACUCAGCCAUUGCCAGCUGCCAUGAAGGAGGGAGCAGUUACGGCAAAGAGGAUCAAGAACCAAAAACAGACAGCCACGAAGACAUUUCAUCCCAGUCUCUUUGGUCUAGUGACAUGGGCUAUGGCUCUUUACGGAUCAAGGAGGAACAGGUUUCACCGUCGCAUUACGGAGGGAGUGAACUGCAUUCUGGCAAGGAUAGUGCAAUACAGACUGUGUUCUCAGAGCAAGGAGUAGGGGAUGGCUGGCAGCCCACGGGGCGCAGGAAGAACAGGAAAAACAAAGACACUGUGAGGCAUAUCACACAGCAAGUGGAGGAGGACAGCAGGGCAAGCUCUCCAAUGCCGUCGUUCUUACCCGCCUCAGGAUGGCCCUACAGCAGUCGAGACCCUGGUGCUGAGGUGCCGGUGCCGGAGCCCAGCAGCUCUGACAGCAGAGUGGAGCGCUCGGAGCCCUACGGCAGCGUGGAGGAAGCGCUCCUCGGCGGCGAGGGCACCUACAUCCCGCAGCCGCUCACGCCCGAGAAGGAGGAUGUGCUCCAGGCUGCCACCGUGGCCAACCUGCGCGCGGCCCUCAUGAGUAAGAACAGCUUGCUGUCCCUGAAAGCCGACAUGCUGGGAGAGGACAGCUCUCUGCUCUUCGAGUACCUGCCCAAAGGCACCCACUCCCUCUCUCGGCCUGGCACCAACUCGAAUCGUUCAAGGGGCGAAUGUGAUGGCAAAGUGGAAGCACCAUCUCCCCCGCUGCCUUCAUCACACCUUGCCACUCAGAGCCCCCCCGAGAUCUGCUCCUCUGGUGACAUGUCACCAGAAACCGUGGCAAAAGGAGAGGUGCCUUCCUCCACCCAGGCCACUUAUGAUGGACUUUUAGCACUUUGGCAGUUUGAUAACUCUGAUUCAGAUACGAGUUUCUCCAGAUCCGAAGACAUGGAUGGAACCACCGAUGGCCUCUCCCUGGAAUCCAGCCUCGCCAAGAGGCUGACCUGUGGUUUCUGCAGGAGGGUUUUCCAACGUGCUGAAGAGCUGAAGGAGCACAUCCAUGAGCACGCCUUCUCCAUGCUUUUCCCCUUGGACUUGGUUGACUGCCCCCGGCCCGGCCUCACUGACAGCGUGCUUCCCAGUCCGCUCUCCCGCUUCCAGUGCUCCCAGUGCCCUGCCACCUUCACUCUGAAAUCAAACAUGGAUCGGCACGAGAAGACCAUCCACUUGCACUUCAACGAGUUCACGGUCAUCAGGAAGAAGUUCAAGUGCCCCUACUGCAGUUUCUCAGCCAUGCACCAGUGCAUCCUGAAGAGACACAUGCGAUCCCACACGGGAGAGAGGCCCUAUCCCUGCGAGAUCUGCGGGAAGAAGUUCACGCGCCGGGAGCACAUGAAGCGGCACACGUUGGUCCACAGCAAAGACAAAAAGUACGUGUGUAAAGUGUGCAACCGAGUGUUCAUGUCCGCGGCCAGCGUGGGGAUAAAGCACGGCUCCCGCCGCCACGGCGUCUGUGCCGACUGCUCUGGCCGAGGCAUGGCCGGUCACCUGGACCACAACGGGGGAGAGGGCUCUCCAGACGAGUGCUACCCCGGGGAAGGCCAGUACAUGGAAGACCCAGAUGACAUCAAAGUGGAAGGAGACGAGGAGAUGGGAGACGACGACGACAUCAAGUGGAAGGACGACGUGGGAAUGUCACAGGAUGACGUGAUUUUAGAUGACGACAAAGACGUCGACUCUCCGCAGGAGCAGGACAACUCUGGGGAGAACGACAAGGAUUUUACCUGGAUUUCUUAGGGAUUCCUUUGUUUGUUUGGGUUUUUUUGCUCCGCUCUGUUGUUUGUAGGGGGAGGGAGGGUGGGAAGGAAGGAGUGUGUCGGAAGAAAAACUUAAGUAGCCUUGUUGUCGUCCAUGUGUGCAAAAUAACUCUUGUGUUUUCUAAACAAGUCCUUCUCUGUCCCACUCAGAUACUGUCUUAGCAGUGUCGCUCCCAGCGGCACCACUGACUUCGCCUUCCUCCUUCUCCCUCCACCAGCAGCCCCGGCCGCAGGCGCCGGGUCGACGAGGUGAGGGUGCGAGCACUGCGUGAUGGGAGCCUGGGUGAAGCACGAGCCCUCCCUCCCUCCCUUCCCACCCUGCAGCCAGCGUGGGGAGAGCUCUGUGUCCAAAGCAGGUUGUUUUCGUGGUGGCUGGGUUUUUGUUUCUUUCCUUUUUGCUGUUUAACACCUUGUCCGUGUGCUGAAAUCCCGGCAGCAGCGGGAUUACAAGCUGGUGGUGUGAAAGCGGAUUGAUGGAUGUGUUGGAGGGCUUCCCUUGAUGAUACAGGCCUUUUUGCAAAGCUAUUGAAAGAGAGUUUUUAUUGUUUUUUAUGGAGCCAAAUAGAUCAAAAGGCAAGUCAGAUUACAGCCUUAUGGAUUCUUCUUGUAGACUCUUAGCUUCCAAAAGAGUCACCAUCAAAGAAAGAUGAUGCCAUUUCUUGGACCUACUGGCGUCUUACCCACGUCCUGUCUUCCAGCCUUGGUUAUCCGCGGGCACUGCAAUGCACGUUGGUGCUUCCAGAAGCACCUUUUGCUGUAAAGGACACAGGUAAUUCUCUACCUGUCGUUCUUCUCUGCAGAUAUCUUCACUUUUCUCCCUUUGCUCAGCUGCCUUUUCGUAAAUAUAUGCAAACCGUAGCAAAAACCGAGACAUUUGGCAAAGUGCAGGAUGAGCUGGGAGAGGCCGAGGUGAGGAGAUCCCAGCUGGCUGGAAAUCUUGCUGCUCCCAUCCCAUAGAUGUUGGUGGGGCAGGAUUUCACCUGGGUACGUUGGUCUUCCUCCCGAAGUUCACGUUCACCAUGGGUAGGCAGAACACCUACUGAAGCCAUGCCAAACCCUUCAGCUUUAGCUGCCCUGGUUCUGUGUAAAUUCUCAAUGAAACCUUAUUUAUUUUAACCAAGAACCAGGUUUCUCUCCCAACGUCUCCAAAGAGACUCUGGGGCUGCUCCAGGUGGUUGGAUUCUCCUUGUUCAUACCGGCCGCUGUUGCCUUCUUCCAGCUACACCUAAACGACAGCAGCAAAAGUGCGUUGGAAGUGUCUCGUUCCUGAGAAGAAGCUGGUUUUUACCCUUCACCUCUUUGCUUCUGGUGCUUUUUGACACGACAGAGCUGACGACCUCACUCUUUCCUUGCCACGGAGCAGUUUUAUACCCUGUCUGUGACGAUGGUUAUCUUGAAACCUGCCACAGAAGACAACCCGUUACCAGAAAGCCAAAUGACUAACGGUGCUAUUUCCCUCCCCGUGGUGGGACAGGCGAUCCCGGUGGGAUGGAGAAUGUUCUUGCAGGUCUGGUGGUCCUUAGUGAAAAGCCUGGUUCCACCCAGUGUGUUGUACAAUAAACCCCAGUAAAGCAGAUAAUCCAGAAGGACCGAAGCCACUUGGUGCCAGGAUUUGAUGGAGGGUGGUGGGAGCCUCGGUCCUGGCACCUGCAGUAGCCGGUUCUUUAUUCACUCCCUGAUUUCAGUCACAUCCUGGGUUUAUGGCAUUCGAUUCCCCUCUCUGCUCCGCAGCUCCUUGCAGAAUUCCCUGCACUGGGAGCAUCCAGCAGCUCCUGGUCCUUCGCUUCGGGUGCACACCGGGGAUUUGGGAACAUGGAUCUUCCCUGAAAUCCUCUGUUGGGCUCCAUGAGGCCACGCGAGCGCUGUGUGCUGCUGCUGCUCCUUACGAUUGAAGGGCUUAAGUGGGACUUGUUGCUUUUGGGCAGGGAGAACGGAUAACCCUCCUCUUGAAGUACUUACAGAGCAGAAGGGUCACGCUGAAACAUUUUUAUUAAGGGGUUAAGCCCCUCAUUUUACAUUUUAGCUUCUUGUAAAUCCCUCCUCCCGUAGCUAAAGAGACAUGAACACCCCAGAACGUGACGACUGGACCCCUGGAUGCUGCUUUUCCAGCAGCUGAGGGGUCCCAGAGCGAGGUUGCUGGUUCCUUACCUUGACUUUGGCCUCUCGGCGUGUGGGCUCUGUAUUUAUUGUCAUUUAGCCUGUAAAUAUGGGGGGGUCUCUGAGGUCCUGAACUUGCAGCCUCACCUGUAACGUGUAGACAAAUACAUACAGCGCUUCACAGAUAGCUGUAGCUUCGCUCUUCCUGUGUACAAAUCUAUUUAAACAUCUAUUUUAACCCCAAAACCGUUCAGAUUCCCUUUGGUUUCUGUGACAUUCCAUCUCGGCCAUCUCCUCCCAUGCUGGUGUGUGGAUCUGCUGUCAUACCUUCCGAGGAGGAGCAGGGGAUGUUGGUCUUCCUCUUCCUCACCCUUGGGUUUUGUAAUCAGAGUUCUGGGGCUCUUCGCUUCACUUUGGAAUUCCUUUGGAAUUCCUUUGGAAAGAUACUUUAAUUCUCUUUUCUUUCCUUUUUAUUAGUUAAAGGGUGGGCAGUAAACCAAGGGGCUUGGGAAGUGUUUCCUAAUGGUGCCACUUGGGAGCUCUUGGGGCUGAGGAUGCAAAAAAUAUAGCAAAAAGGAGAGAAAACCAGAAAAUGCACCUACAAGCUGACUUUGACCAUGUUACCACGAGGAUCUCUCUGACUAUCCUACACCUUAUACACCAGUUAAACCCAUCCGACACCCACUGUCUAUCCUAAGUGCUGUGAUGAUGGAGGUGGCUGCUAUGGAAGUGCAGGAACUGAACCUGCCGCGCUCCGGUUGCGCCGCACGAGGCUGCAGCUCCAAACCAGGGAAUUUGGGCUUUUUUCCUCCCUUUUUUAAUGCUGAAACUUUCUAAAACUUCACCACUUGCUCCGCGUGGCCACAUCCCUCGGGAUCUACUGCCUAUGCAAACGUCUUCUGCUCUUGGAGAAAAGCAACUCUGCCUGUUGUAGCCAACACUAGCUCGAGUGACCUCCGGCAUCUCGUCUUUGUAUUUCCCUUCAGGGCUUUGUAUACUUCACUGAGGUUCCCCUUUUUUUAAGUUUUUCUAAAUAUAUAUAUGUGUGUGUAUAUAAAUAUACAGAGUUAGUUUCAAAAAGGAGAAUUCCCUUCUGGGUAAAACAGUUGAAACACUUGGUCUCGAUCGCUUGCAACUGAGUUUUUUGAAGUAUUUGUACAUAGUUUUCAAUGUUCCUCCCUGGAUUUCGUCCACGAUCCUCAUUUGGUUUCUAAUCUGAGAGUGCAAGGAGCGUUCCAGCCUCACACCCCUCCAACACAGAACAGGGUGUGAACGGCACCGUCCUGCCCGAGCCCCACCACAACCCCAUGAGGAACGUGCUUGACUAUCAUGGAAUGGGUUGGGUUGAAGGGACCUUAAAGCUCAUCCAGUUCCAACCCCCUGCCACGGGCAGGGACACCUUCCACUAGAGCAGGUUGCUCCAAGCCCCUGUGUCCAACCUGGCCUUGAACACUGCCAGGGAUGGGGCAGCCACAGCUUCUCUGGGCACCCUGUGCCAGCGCCUCAGCACCCUCACAGGGAAGAGCUUCUGCCUCAGAGCUCAUCUCCAUCUCUCCUUUGUCAGGUUAAAGCCAUCCCCUUGUCCUGUCCCUACAGGCCCUUGUAAAGCUUUGUAAAUUUUCUUUUUAUUUAAAAGUCAUAAAUGACCCAUUUUUUAUGUAUUUUAAGGUCACCCUAAAGCCUCGCAGCUGUGGUGGGAUGUGCCAGUGAAGGUUUGCAAAGUGCCCGUCCUCCUCCCUUGUGUUGUCCUUCUCCCUUUACGUGUAACCAAAAAUCUCUGGUUUGGCCUACAAAAAGGAAUCCUUUCCAUGCACGAGGAAACCCUCUCUGGCAUCGGGUCCUGCUUUAUUUCUCCUCCCACCCCACACCUUUAAACACUCCCCUUUCCCCCUGCUAAAGCCACGUCCUGGUGGGGUUUUGGGGACGGAUGACUUGGACGGAGGCUCCGUUCAUACCCCCUGCACCUCACCCCUUUGCACGUCGCCCUUUAACAAAGAAACUCCUUGAAACUACAGGCAAAAACUGGAAUUCUUUGCAAUAUGCUGAAAGAGAAUCUUCAUUCGAGCUCCUCCUCAACACAUCAGCUCCUGCGGAAGCCAUACGUGAGAUGGGUCUUUCUGUUCCCUGCGUUCUCUCUUGUGUUUGGGAUCUCUGCCUUGGAUUUUCACUGUAGUCCCGCGUAGUCCGAGUGCUGUGUGUAUGCUCUCACAUAGAGAUAUUUAUUUUUCAACGUGCUUUAAACCUGUCUACAAAAAUAAAGCUAAAGAAAUGAGAGAAAAAAGACAAACCCGGGACAGAGUUUGAAGAUUGUUGAUGACGAUUAUUAUUAUUAUUAUUAUUUUUUGCUGGGAAUAUUCUAUAUUAUACUGACUUUAUAUUAAUUAUUAUCAACCUGUGUUUGUAUUGAAGAUGUGUUUAAUAUUCUGGGGAGGUGGUGGAGGAGGUUUUGGGUAUCCAGGAGGCAGCGGGAGGCUGUGGCUGUGGUGUUCUGAUGCUCUGUAAAUGUAGUUCAGGUAAUUCCGACCUUCUUUUCUAGUUGCUCUCCGGGUUUCCGGCCGCCUGGGCAUGCCGGAGCGUUCCUCUCGGCAGGAAUUCCUUUGUGAUGGGGUUUAGCUUAGACAUCCUUGCAGAAAUCAAUCCGUUUCAAUAAAUUGGGAUAUUGCUGCUAUA